CACUGCCUCCCCCGAUCAUAUAUACCCCGCCAAUUAAAGCCACCGAAAAAUCACACAAAAAAACAACAAAAAAUCUAGUCAGAUUCUUUCAAUUCUUUCGAGGCUCCAAUUCUCUCUCGUGCUCGAUCGCCUCCUCCCAUGGCCUCGGCGAACGACGGCGACCGCGCGGCGGCGGGCAUCCUGCGGCUGCUGCUGGGGUUGGCGGGCGCGCCCUCUGCGGCAUUGCCGCGGGGCGGCGGCCCCGGCCUGGUGGUGGUGCAGCACUUCAUCCUGGACAGCGACGGGGACCUGUUCUCGGGCGGGGUCGGCAGCGGCGUGCCGCCGGCGUCGAAGGCAGCGAUCGCCGCGCUGAAGGAGGUGAAGGCAGGGGAGGUCGAGGGCGGGGGCCCGCUGGGAGACUGCGCGAUCUGCCUGGACAGCGUGGAGGACGCCGGGAAGGAGAUGCCGUGCGGGCACCGCUUCCACGGGGAGUGCCUGGAGCGCUGGCUGGGCGUGCACGGCAACUGCCCCACCUGCCGCCACGAGCUGCCGCCAGCGAAGGAGGACGGCGCGGCGGCGGAGGGCGGCGAGGAGAGGCGCAGGCCGAGGACCGCGGUCGUGGUGAGCUACAUGGUGCUCGGAGGCCAGCGGGAGGAGGCGCAGCAGCAGCCGGAGCCGGAGAGAGAGGAGCCGUGGACCAUUAGGAUAGAGGACGUGGAUUAGACUCGGAGGUAUCCAAUUGGUUUACGGAUUGGUUUUGAGGUGGAGGUGGUUUUGUACAUACUGGAAGGAGAUAUGGGAAAGUUGCGAAUAUUUCGUUAUGUCACAAGACGAUGUACAUGGAGGUUCAAUUUCAUGGAUUAAUGUUUCUCGUUUUUCGAAAGA